AUGGCAGCAAAUGCAACUAUGCCAGCUCGAGGUGCUCGUGGCGCUCCCGAAUUCGAUUCCAAGCAGCCUAGGGAGCUGCCCCGUUAUUUCUCCGAUUUGGAAUUCCACUUCACUGCAGCAAAUAUCACAGAUCCGCAGGAAAAGAAGAGGCAGGCAAUACGCUACCUGUCAUUCGAAGACGCCGAGCUGUGGGAAUCCCUUGAUUCCUUUUCCCCUGGCAUUGGCUACGAUGCGUUCAAGGCAGCCGUUGCAAAGCUAUACCCUGGGACCGACGCCGACCGCCGCUACGCACUUGCUGAUCUCCACACACUAAUUGGGGAGUACGCUAGCGUUGGAAUUCUCUCGCGUGCUGACUACAGUGAAUUCUACCGAAAAUUCCUUGUUAUCACCAAGUUCCUCCCCCCUACGCUCUGGAACCGCGUACACCAGCGCCUGCAGAUCAAGCAACCUGAUGUGCAUCCCGACGACCCGUACGACCUCGCAGAUUUGAAUGAGGCCAUGGAAUUUGUCCUCGCCGACUCAUCCUACGGUUCUGCAGCUCCUCCGUCCGCGCUUUUGUCGCCUACGCCCGUGAAAAAGGAGUCGGCAGAUCCAGGAAUCUCGCAAUUGAUUGAGUCGAUGAAUGGCUUGAUGAAAGUUCUGGCAGCUCAGGCUGCAGUCACGGCUCAAGCUGUUGCGGCUCAACAAUCUACUCGACCACCUCCCCCCACAAUUCCCGUCAAUUCGACUCCUCGGGAUCUCAGCUGCAGUUAUUGCAGCGAACAUGGGCAUUUCAUCAUUCGGUGCCCUCAUGUGGAUGAAGAUAUUCAAUCUGGGAAGUGUAAACGCAAUACGGACGGGCAGGUCGUCCUGCCGAGCGGCGCUUAUAUUCCACGGCGCAUCAUGGGCGUCAAUUUACGAGCUCGGUUUGACGAAUAUCACCGCCAGAACCCCGGACAAAUGGCCGCUCAAAAUAUGGUUGAAGUCUCGACUCAUUUCUUGACUUCCAAUCCAGCAGCGCCGGAGGUAUCCACUUUUGCCCUUUCAGAUGCUGAGAGAAUCCAGUCUCUCGAGCGCGAGAUCCUGGCGAUGCGCACUCGAUCCCAGGCACGUGCUGCACUGGAUCGGUCUGGGGACCGCGUCGAAGCCCCGGAACGAGUGGUUCGACCUGCGGCUCAAUCUACACCGGCCCCAGCUCCCGCUCCCGCUCCCGCUCCUGUGACCCGUCCUCCGGCUGCUAUCCCCGCUACUGCACCUGAACAUCCCUAUGCGAAAGCCAAAGAUGCUGCGUAUGCUCCUCCCCGUGACCACAACGUUGGGGCUCGAGCUCCGGUCGUUCCCGCCAAGAAAACUGAUCCUGCGUACCGUUCUGUAGCGCCGGUUUACGAUCCAAAGCACGAGGAUGCUGUUUUCGGCCGAAUUCUUGGAGCCAAAGUCGAGAAUUCGAUCGAAGAAAUCCUUUCAAUCUCUCUGGGUGUACGGUCUCGUAUGAGUAACGCCACUACCAGCCGCCGCGUUCCGCCGACCUCUGGUGCCGAUUCUAAACCCCCGGCGGUCUCAACCCACAUCUACGACGAUUUCUCACAUAGAAACAUGUCCGACAGCGCGGCAAUCGAGCCUCUGGACGCCCAGACAUCUAACAAUGCACGAGACGCCGCAUUUCUCGAUUCAAUGCCUGCUGCCUUCCACCAAUCUGGGCGCAUAUUCUGGUACAGUCCAGUCCGCAUAUUCGAACGUUCAACCGUCAUCUGCAGUGGAGUCCGAGUCUCCCAUGGGGGAUUCAACUCCCCCUUUGUUUCUCAAGCCGUCACCGCCUCCUCAUUACCAUGA